GGCAGCGGCUCGCAACUUUGCAUCAAAGAACCAAACCUGGAAGUCGAGAACGGCUCAUCAAGGUGGUGUCGACGCGAGCAAGCAACAUCGGGAAAUUUGCUCGAUUCGAAACCUUUCAUCCCCAGUAUUUCCUGGCGUUAACAGGGCGAAAAACAUACUACCUGUAGCCCUGGGACAAAAGUCCAAAGCUGCGGUUGAAGCGUUCUAGACGAGGCAUCGACUUCAGUUGCUGAAGAGAAGGGGGUCGAGUGAUGUACAACACCACUCGGCCGCUCGAGAAGGUGGACGAACCCUCGCCUCAGCUUAUGCCAGGCAAAAAGCGCCCCGCCUUCGAAUCUAAUACCGACGGUUGUGGGGACGGUGUUGGCAACCGGAAGGAGCGAGUUGAGGAUGCUGGCCGCCCGUCUUCGAAGAGACUGAAAGCAGUCGGAUCUUUAAACGAAGCCGAGAUGCCCGACUCCACGGCGUCGUCGGGACCUGAGCCAUCAAUAACCAAUCUCGCCACUGGUCAAGCCCCUCCCGCGACGCAUGGUGGAUGGAACCGGGUUAUCAGCAGCGGCUUACGGACGUCAUUUGCCGGCAAAGACAACCUUCGCAAGCCGCCAUUCCAGGAAACUUCGCGAUCCCCCGCGCAACCACCUGCCGAGUCGAUGGACGUCGACAGCUUGGCUAUGCCCGUGGCAGACGCUAACCUCUCGAGGCUCAGCGGUCGGGGUGUGUGGCAGACCGUAUUCGCAAGGUGGUGCGUGCGAUUGAUGGCAUUGAACAAAGACCGGGAAGAUUUGAGAGACAACCCGGCUCACUUCAGGGAGGCUUGGGGUUUAUGGCUCGAGACCCGGACAUCCUUAACACAAGCCUCCCGCAUUGCUGCUGUGCAAGCAGCCAAGGAGGCGGACCUGGACGCUGAGAAGCUCCGGGGCAUGUCUUUGGAGGCUCUGGAAACCGAUAUCGAGAGGCCGUGGAAUGAUUCUCUGACGGACCUCGGGCAGUCUGAGAGCGCUGUGCCAGAGCAACAAAACAACGGGCAACCCACGGACACCGCGUCCACGUCCCAUGGGAGCCAGGAAGCAAACGACUGGGCCAUCCCGCCACCUCCGUUGUGUUCUAACUUUGAAGUCGGACCAAAAAACCAACGUGGCUGGGAGGAGAGGUUCGUGGCAUGGUGCAAGUCACUUCUUCAGCUGAACGAGCGCAAAAUCAAGGUUGAUACAAACCAAGAACGAACGCGGCUGACGGAAUCAUACUGGAAAUGGGUUGGGACCAUUGAAGGGCUGACGAAAGCCAAAGCGGCCGCUGCUCGCCGGGCAGCAGUCAAUUACGCUCAGGAUAACAGCGCUCUAGUCGCGGCUAUCUUCGCUAGCAUACCGCCGGGCGGCAAACUUCAAACCACCGACACAAUUUCACCGCCACCGAAGGAAUCUGCGCCUUCUCCGGCGGCCGCCAUUUCCAAUGAGCUUGACGCAAAUCCCUGCGAUGAGAGCAGUGGCCCACAGCACAUAGAGGAUGCAGAAUACCGCGAGAAGUAUUUCCCGGGAGUCGGCCUCAACUCGACUUUCUGUCACGCGUGCGCGUCCCGCGACCACGGCACGUCCGAUUGCCCAGAAACGACGUGCCGCUUCUGCCGCGCUGUUGAACACCGGUCAUUCAGCUGCCCGACGCGUUUCCGCUGCACAAAAUGCAGGCAACUCGGCCACCCCAAGAAAGACUGCACUGAGAAGCUGGCAUUACCGCUGGAGGACGUGGAGUGCGCCUUUUGCCAGUCGCGCGACCAUGUCGACGCGUCCUGCCACGAGCUUUGGAGGAGUUUUUCGUUCAACCCUAGCACGGUCCGCAAAGUCCGUUCUCUCCCCGCAUUCUGCUACUGCUGCGGUCGACAGGGACAUUACGGUCCCGCCUGCGCACUGAAUCCGCAGAAGACAAAGGAAGGGGCCUGGGAGACAUGGAGUCAAGCGAAUUGUGAUCGGUACCAGGACCCGACCUCAUCAGAGGUGGCAAUAGUUUUCGAGGCCUCCGUCGGCUCGGCCUCCUCGUCCGAACGACCUGAUCUCGGCAAGAGCAUGGUACCUAAGAGACACAUAUUUUUCGAGGAGGCCGACGAUGAUGACGAGGCCGAGGAGUUUAUUCGACCGCCCGUACAAAAGAGCGUGCGGGUCGGGCACAUCAGCUUUGCUGGCAACGGAGGAGAUCACAGCGGGAGACAACCCAACAAGCAAUACAAUGACAGGAACGGGAGAACGGGGUUUACACAACCGCCACUUCCUCCUGGACCCCCUCCCCCCUUACCGCCACAGGGCUCUCAUCAACAAAACCGGAGAGGUGGCCGUCGACGAAGAGGGGGAGGAGGGAGACACUCGUAGAGACAUGGGUGUGAUGAGGGGUUCACCUCUCACCUUCCGGCCUUGGGACGGCGGAAUCAUUCCCCCCUCCGGGGGAGGACCCGCAUCCCCUUUUCAGGGACCCUGGACAUGAUAUCGACAACCGCGACAUCCAUUAGUUAGCUCUGGUACGAGUUGCUCUUUUGAGCAGGGACGAGAACAACGUGGGGUGCGGAAUUGGGCCAAAGCAUUGCCGAGUCCAAUGAAAAAACGAUAUUGACUAUUGAUUGCCGUUCGAGGGUCGGAGUGCGCCAUUUGCAUUUCCGCUUUUGGCAUGUUUCAUCGGGCGUGUGCUCUGGGCCUGUCAAUGGCGGUGAGGAAAGGAGCGAUCGGUGAGAGAUUUAUCCGCAGCAAAACCGUGGUGACUUUGCGGUCUGGAAAACAAGGGAGGGAGAGGGUGAG